CAACCUGCUUUUACUUUCAUUUUGAGUCAGUUGAUGUUGCAGAUGUGAGAGUGGACCAGGAUCUCCUCUAACCGAGGCACCAAAUCUCUCCCCAAAACACAGAUAAGUAGCCCUUCCCUCCGGCAGAAUAAUGGUGGCAAAGAAGCAUGUUGUCGGCAUCUUUUCACGAGAAGCUCAGGAUGCGUUUGGUUGGCUGAUCAAUUUCCUCCUGACCAUACCUGGGGUGAAGGAUGUCCGAACUGUACAUAUCUCCAACACCAACUAUAUAGACGUUAUGGAUGAGGCCUAUAAGUGCACAUUUGCCAUCUUGUACCAUUCCAAGAACAGGGGAAGGAUAAAUGUAACCGAUGUGACAGACGCUCUCUAUGACAGAGAACUGGCCGAUUUGUCCAGAUGUCUAGGAAGAGAUCGGUUCAUUGUAGUGAUAGAUGAUCUGAAGAACACUAGUUUGGAGGCCAAGAACAAUAUCCUGCUGAAGCAGCCGAGCAUUGAGAGACUGGCCAUAGAUCUCUUCCUCUUCAGUCAGCAGGACAAGAGUUAUCAAGGAGAAGCGUCGGACAAUUUCACCGGAAACAAAUGGUUUCAAAUGACAAGCUUAAUAAGUGGGAAAAUUAACCGUCGUUCUGAAACCUCAGUAGCCCUUCCCUCCGGCAGAAUAAUGGUGGCAAAGAAGCAUGUGGUCGGCAUCUUUUCACGAGACGCUCAGGAUGCGUUUGGUUGGCUGAUCAAUUUCCUCCUGACCAUACCUGGGGUGAAGGAUGUCCGAACUGUACAUAUCUCCAACACCAACUAUAUAGACGUUAUGGAUGAGGCCUAUAAGUGCACAUUUGCCAUCUUGCACCAUUCCAAGAACAGGGGAAGGAUAAAUGUAACCAAUGGGACAGACACUCUCUAUGACAGAGAACUGGCCGAUUUGUCCAGAUGUCUAGGAAGAGAUGGGAUCAUUGUAGUGAUAGAUGAUCUGGAGAACACUAGUUUGGAGGCCAAGAACAAUAUCCUGCUGAAGCAGCCGAGCAUUGAGAGACUGGCCAUAGAUCUCUUCCUCUUCAGUGAGCAGGACAAGAGUUAUCAAGGAGAAGCGUCGGACAAUUUCACCGGAAACAAAUGGUUUCAAAUGACAAACUUAAUAAGUGGGAAAAUUAACCGUCGUUCUGAAACCUCAGUAGCCCUUCCCUCCGGCAGAAUAAUGGUGGCAAAGAAGCAUGUGGUCGGCAUCUUUUCACGAGAAGCUCAGGAUGCGUUUGGUUGGCUGAUCAAUUUCCUCCUGACCAUACCUGGGGUGAAGGAUGUCCGAACUGUACAUAUCUCCAACACCAACUAUAUAGACGUUAUGGAUGAGGCCUAUAAGUGCACAUUUGCCAUCUUGCACCAUUCCAAGAACAGGGGAAGGAUAAAUGUAACCAACGUGACAGACGCUCUCUAUUACAGAGAACUGGCCGAUUUGUCCAGAUGUCUAGGAAGAGAUCGGAUCAUUGUAGUGAUAGAUGAUCUGAAGAACACUAGUUUGGAGGCCAAGAACAAUAUCCUGCUGAAGCAGCCGAGCAUUGAGAGACUGGCCAUAGAUCUCUUCCUCUUCAGUCAGCAGGACAAGAGUUAUCAAGGAGACGCGUCGGACAAUUUCACCGGAAACAAAUGGUUUCAAAUGACAAACUUAAUAAGUGGGAAAAUUAACCGUCGUUCUGAAACCUCAGUAGCCCUUCCCUCCGGCAGAAUAAUGGUGGCAAAGAAGCAUGUGGUCGGCAUCUUUUCACGAGAAGCUCAGGAUGCGUUUGGUUGGCUGGUCAAUUUCCUCCUGACCAUACCUGGGGUGAAGGAUGUCCGAACUGUACAUAUCUCCAACACCAACUAUAUAGACGUUAUGGAUGAGGCCUAUAAGUGCACAUUUGCCAUCUUGUACCAUUCCAAGAACAGGGGAAGGAUAAAUGUAACUGACGUGACAGACGCUCUCUAUGACAGAGAACUGGCCGAUUUGUCCAGGUGUCUAGGAAGAGAUGGGAUCAUUGUAGUUAUAGAUGAUCUGGAGAACACUAGUUUGGAGGCCAAGAACAAUAUCCUGCUGAAGCAGCCGAGCAUUGAGAGACUGGCCAUAGAUCUCUUCCUCUUCAGUGAGCAGGACAAGAGUUAUCAAGGAGAAGCGUCGGACAAUCUCACCGGAAACAAAUGGUUUCAAAUGACAAGCUUAAUAAGUGGGAAAAUUAACCGUCGUUCUGAAACCUCAGUAGCCCUUCCCUCCGGCAGAAUAAUGGUGGCAAAGAAGCAUGUGGUCGGCAUCUUUUCACGAGAAGCUCAGGAUGCGUUUGGUUGGCUGAUCAAUUUCCUCCUGACCAUACCUGGGGUGAAGGAUGUCCGAACUGUACAUAUCUCCAACACCAACUAUAUAGACGUUAUGGAUGAGGCCUAUAAGUGCACAUUUGCCAUCUUGCACCAUUCCAAGAACAGGGGAAGGAUAAAUGUAACCAACGUGACAGACGCUCUCUAUUACAGAGAACUGGCCGAUUUGUCCAGAUGUCUAGGAAGAGAUCGGAUCAUUGUAGUGAUAGAUGAUCUGGAGAACACUAGUUUGGAGGCCAAGAACAAUAUCCUGCUGAAGCAGCCAAGCAUUGAGAGACUGGCCAUAGAUCUCUUCCUCUUCAGUGAGCAGGACAAGAGUUAUCAAGGAGACGCGUCGGACAAUUUCACCGGAAACAAAUGGUUUCAAAUGACAAGCUUAAUAAGUGGGAAAAUUAACCGUCGUUCUGAAAUCUCAGUUCCCAUUGGAAACCCCAUGUUGGAAAGAUCCAGUCGCAGCAUCACUGGCUUCUUAAAGAACCAUAGAAUACUGAUAUUGGGGCUUAUGGUUAUACUUGUGAUUGUGGUCAUAGUUACCAGUUGUAAUAGAUACACAGAGCACCAGAUGACUACUGCAGGAUACCCUACUACAAGCAACAUGUCCCCCACCUGGCAUCCACCAACCAUCUCAUCAAGCCCGCCUAAUAACACCCUUCAUCCAACCACCUUAUCUUCUGUAGAUACCACAUCCAAGCUUGGCAAUGGCACCCAGCAGUCUCCAACUUCAACCUUCCAUACCAGAAAUAUCAGCCUCAGUCCAUGAAGAGUUUUCAUUACAGGAAACAUGACAACAUGGCCUGGAACUAAUUCAUUAAUUUACAAAAAAAAGUUUCAAAUUAAGUGAUUUGUCAAUUUUGAUGCUGAAUGCAUGGCAGUUUGCGAGUAAAUGUAGCUUUUGCCCUGGCCUGUUGCUUGAGUUGAAGAUCUCUUGCUUCCCCUACUGUAAGCCAGCCACCAAAUGAUUCUAAUGUUGGCCAAUGUGUCAGUCAGGGUCGGUCUGGGGGGCCCAUCGGGGGUGCUGCCUCAGGGCCCCCCUCUGGCCCGCAUCCCCGCCAACGUGCCGCCCCCCAUCACGAUGCACAAUGGCGGGCACAGCAGAAAAAAAGUGCAGGGUGCGGAACCAGUCCAACCCUGGUGUCAGUCAUAGACUUAGACUUGCUCCCCAACCCAUAUUAAGUUUCUUCUUGACUUUUGUAGUUCAGACCAUUUCCAGAGGCCUUUGUCUGUACCUCAAGGGUGGACUUUUGCUCUUCCCUUUAUGAGGAAUCUUCUGUCUGUUCUAGAUGAACUAGAAUACUGGGGGGAGAUUAUAUUUAUACACGUCUGAAGGUCCUCAGACCUCAUUCAACAAAUCACACAAUAGGUUGUUUCUAAUUUCCUGGGGUGUAACCUAGGAAAGAGGACUCAUCUCUCUUCUUUAGAGAGGCACCAUAGGGUCACUUGGAUGAGAUAUUCCAUUAGCUGGCAGCAUUAUGGGGAGCCACAUACCAACCUCAUACAAAAUGGGUCUCCAACUGAAGGGAAUUCAGCCAUAUUGGAUAGCCUUAUAAUGAAGAAAAGAGUGUAUUAAUUUGAUCAAAAAUGCAUGGAUGUGUGAUGGUCCUCUCGUCACCAUUACCAGAAAUAUAGGACCUGUGUGGCCUUCACUCAUUGCAGAAGUUUGUGUGAAAAGAAAGGACAAUCUGCUUCGGUUUGGUCUGGUCUUUCAGAAGUUGGCACGUUGCAUUGGUGGUGAAUGACUUGUACUCACCUGUAUAGCAAAAAAAAUAUAUAAAUAUAAAAAAAAAUGGCACUGUACAGAAUAGCUCAUACAUAGUAAAGUUGGAGUACUUCA